AUGCCUCCAUCCCCGCCCUUCCGGCCAUUCCGCAGCAAUGGCACGAAUGCGGCGGCCCAUAAAGAACCCUCAGUCCAACCCGAGCGCGUGCCUUUCUUGAGGCAGGAACAGACGUUCCUCAAGUGUCCGACACUCGAAGAUGGAUCCUUCACCGACGCUGCUGCCGACCGACCCGAUGCGUUCAAGGGGCCCACAGUCACCUGCACCCGUCUCGAAACCUCACCGUCCUUUGACGAUCUGACUGCGUCGAAUUUUCCCCCCAAAUGGCGCUGGACAGCGGCCAUACCAUCGUUGAGAGAAUUGCUCCGAGGGAGACACCCGGCGGCGGCGCACAAGGAGCACACUGCUGACCGGAGCCCGUUGUACAAAUCGCUUCCUACCACCCCGCUGAAGAGAAUCCUGCGCCUGUUGGCUUUUGCCCUGAUGAUAUUGGGUAUUCUAGAAGUCAUCGCAUUGACGUGCGGGCUCUUCCUCUCGUUCUUCCCGGACGACGGGGACGACGGCUUGGACGGCUGGAAUGGCGCCGGCCGCGCCUUCUCUCAAGAGCUGGGACACUGGCCCACCGAUUUCUCGGCCGACGUCCACCCUGUGGCCUGCCACUCUCACAACGACUACUGGCGGAAAGAGCCUCUGUUCUCUGCACUGGACGCUGGCUGCACGGGAGUCGAGGCGGAUGUGUGGCUAUACGAUGAAGAGCUGUACGUUGGACAUUCGACCGCGUCCCUGACUCCCGAGAGGACACUGCGCAACCUCUACGUCAACCCGUUGGUGAAGAUCCUCGACUCUCAGAACCCCCACACCUCCUUCCACCCGACGCUGGAUACACCUCGGAAUGGAGUCUUCGACACGGACCCGUCCCAGACGUUGGUGUUGCUGAUUGAUUUCAAAACCGAGGGCCACCGUCUCUGGCCAUACGUCUCGGAACAGCUGGAGCCACUCCGCGAGAGGAAGAUGCUCAGCUACUUCAAUGGGACCAAUUUCAUCGAAGCACCUGUCACGGUGGUUGUCACGGGAAACGCCCCCUGGGAAGAAGUCGUCGCAAACCCCACGUAUCGGGAUAUGUUUUUUGACGCACCCCUGGACUUGAUGGCCGAAGUGGCAGACCCCGGCAGCAGCGGCACUGCGCCCUUCGACAGCCAAGAUGGCGUGUUGACCGAGCGUGGCUCUAAUCAAGGCCAAGGUCGCUCCGGUGCGGCGCCCUCUAAUCCCGCAUUGUACUCUCAGGCCAACUCGUACUACGCGUCUGUGGCUUUCGGGAGUGCCGUCGGCUGGCCGUGGCGCGGCUCCCUCUCCCGCAAGCAAGUCGAGACGCUGCGCAGACAGAUUGCCGGCGCCCAUGCCCGCGGGCUGAAGGUCCGAUAUUGGAGCGUUCCCAGCUGGCCACGAGGUAUGCGGAAUUACCUCUGGCGCACACUCGUCAAGGAAGGCGUCGACUAUUUGAACGUGGACGACCUGAAGUCCGCAACGAAAGGCGACUGGAACUGGGACAAGAAGGGCUCUUGGUUCACUGGACCCUGGAAAUUCAGGUCCUCCAAGGUCACGUCCUGA